GGGAUAUGAGGGGCAGGAGGAGGAGACCAGUAGGUCAGGACUGUAUCCAACCUGGGGCUAACCCACUUCACCAACACCAAACCAACCACCAGGUGCCAGAAAGAGAGAAGCAGAGGACAGAGAUACAGGUGGAGUCCAACGUUGUCGUGGCCGUCAGGGUAAGGCCUCUGACUGAAGAUGAGCAUAACAGGGGAGAUGAGACCAUCGUCUACUGUCCAGACCAACACAGUCUACUGGUGGGUGCGUCGGGGCAGGAGAGGGCAUUUGCGUUUGAUGUAGUCCUGGGCCCUGAGAGUUCCCAGCAUGCCAUGUUUCAAGAGUGUGGCAUGACUCGUCUCAUAGACAUGGCGGUCCAAGGGUUCUGCUGUACUGUGUUUGCCUUUGGACAGACAGGGUCAGGAAAAACAUACACCAUCACUGGGCCACACUCUCUGUUCUUGGAGGGCUCUCAUGAUGCCUUGCUGGCAGGUCUAAUGCAGCGUUCUCUGUCAUACCUUCUUCAGCUGGUUGGCCAAUCAGAGGAGGGCUUUCACCUCUAUGCCUCAUACCUGGAGAUCUAUAAUGAACAGGUGCAUGACCUGCUGAACCCAUGUCUGCCAUACUCGUUGGCAGUGCGCGGCAGCAGAACCCAAGGGUUCUACGUAGAGAACCUGUCAGUAGUAGAGUUCCACAACCUGGACAGCUUCAUGAGAAUACUGGAGGGAGGGAUGCAGAACAGACAGAGCUCCUCUCACUCCCAGAAUGAACAUUCCAGCCGUAGUCACUCCAUCCUAACUGUCCACAUCAAGGGCAUGUCAACCCAGGGGAAGCUGUGCGUAGUAGACCUGGCAGGCAGUGAGAGGGUGAGAGAGGGAGACUCUAUAGAGGAAUUAUUGGAAGAGACAGGCAACAUCAACCGCAGCCUGCUCACUCUGGGGAAGUGUAUCUCAUCUCUGGUGGAUCCUAUUAAGAGGAAUGGCCAUAUUCCCUACCGCGACAGUAAACUCACCAAGCUGCUCUCUGAUUCACUGGGAGGAUCUGGCAUCACUCUCAUGAUUGCGUGUGUGUCGCCCACCCUGGGCAAUCUCCAGGAGACUCUGAACACACUUCGAUACUCCAGCAGAGCCAAAAGGAUCAAGAAUAGACCCAUGGUCAAGAGGGACCUGCGUGAGAAGUUGGUGGUCAGCCUCCAGAGAGAGAUCUGCCGGCUGCGCCAGGAGAACCUAUUGCUACAGCAGCACCUCUCCUCAGCCCAUAAGGCUGGGGCAGGGGGUUCUGGGCUGGAGGCAAAGUACUCUGGGAGUAUGAGUUCUUCUCCUCAGCAUGCAAAAGACGUGGCUGGGAUCAGGACAGGCUCCUCCUGCUCUGAGACCAGCCUCAGGAGCCUGUUGCAGGAGCUGAUGAGAGAGAACGACAAGCUACAGUGA